GUGCAAACUGUCAAAACAAGAAAAUAAAAUUCGCCUUGUCGUCGAUUCCGCGAGCUCGCACGUAGAAAAGUCCUCGUUUUAUCGGAAAAUGUCCGGCCUGAUCCGGUUGAACAGCAGCGCCCUGCUGGUGCGAAACCUUCUCCAGCAAUCGGUCCGCAACGCGCGGCUAAUUUCGUCGUCCCAGAAGAAUCGUGAUGCGGCCACCAUCGACGUGAGCAAGAAGGCCGCUGCAAAGCCAGCCGAACCCGCCGCUGCUGCUGCUGCCUCCACCAACAAGAAUUGGGUAAGCUAUGGGUUCGACUACAAAUCGGAAACGGAGGACCGGAACUCGAUGCACUCGUCGUUCUUUUUCACCGUCACGCUGUGCUUGGUGUUCGGUACGUUCUACUGGGCGUACCUGCCCGAUCCGCAGCUGCAGGAUUGGUCCCAGCGAGAGGCCUACCUGGAGCUGAGACGUCGCGAAGCUGCCGGGUUGGAACCCAUCAGCAAGGACUUCAUCGACCCGGCCCAGAUCGUUCUACCGUCGGAUGAGGAGCUCGGCGAUACGGAAAUUGUCAUCUAAGGUAAGGCGACGGCCUGGAAGGUGCUCAGGAGUUGCGUUUUCUGCCUGUUUUUGAUGUAUCGCGAACAUUAUGUAACCGCCCCCCUGUCGAAGAGCGAUGUUGAGGGUUAACCAAAACAAUGUUAUUAGUUACAGUGCUUGUAUACAGCUAAGGUUGGAAACACGAUUCAAUACCUGAGAAGACACUGUUGUUGCCGGAUGUAAUUAGGCUGGGGAGAAACAAAUCGGUUCAAUAAAUGAUUAGGAUUUUUAUGAGGUAAGCCCGGA